AUUGAGAAUGUGUUCAGUGUCUAGCCCACGGGGUUGGGCACAUGCUUCAUCCGUAGCGCAUUUGGAUUAACUCCGGUAAAUUUACGUAAAUACCGUAAAUAUCGAGGUAAAUAUGGAUGCACGAAGAGUGACGAGAAAAUUUUAAAGGGAAUUUUGAUCAGUGUGGGUUUUGACGUUUCUAAACGUCAUUGGCAAAUGUCACUUUUAAGAAUGUUGUGUUGUGUAAAUUUUUUGAUUAAAAUUCGGAUGGGACCAAUGGGACCGCUCUGCAGAUCGACCAGUUACGGGUUCCACGACGCCCUCGCCAUCGGAAAAAGCAGAAACAGUUCUCCCUCAACCGGUUCAUCCACAGCAGGUUUCUUGUCCCGUGACAUCCGCCAUCCGUCAAAGUAAGCGGAACGGCGGUUAUCAAAUUCCGCGGCGGGUAUCAAAUGUUCUUUUGCAAGGCCUGAAGGAAGCCGGUGUUUAUGACCAAGAAGCAAGGAAAGCAGAAGCGCUAAAGAAAGGGCAGGAGGAUGUGGCCGCCGCCAGCUCUGCUACGCGACAAGCUCCGACGAUCGCCGUGACUAAAAAACCUAGCCCAAAAGGUACCAAGAAGAUCAACAUGGGCACUGCCACCAGCUUCGGCUAAUCGUAUUGGAAGGGCGUCCGGAACUCGGGCAAAACGGGCCUGCUCAACCCGCCCGACACCUAGGUCGUGGACAGUCUACCGUCGCUGGUGAAUCGCGACAGCUUCAGCAGAACUUCGGAACGCAAGAUCCGCACCGACAAGAUUUGCUGACCGCAAAACGACCGACCGGCCCACAUCGGCAUCGUUGAAGCGUCGUUAAGCAAAAUAGCCUUCCUCGUGCACCCUCAGAAUCUUCUCCGCCUGAUCGUAACGCCGGAAGGUCUGGAGCAAACGCCGCUGCUGAUAUCGACGUCGACGCAAACCAGUCCGGACUCGAUUUUUGUGGUCGCUGGCGAAGCGCAUGAUCGGUCAUCAAUGUCGAAGUCAACGGGAACGGCCAGAAUAACAGCCAUGUUCAGGAGUUCAAAACCGGCGACGGCAACGAACCACACGAAUACAUACCACGAAAUCUUCGACGAUAAAAUUUCGACAGAGAAGGUGAUCAGCGAGACGUCCCUGCUGGAUGAGAUGGGGACCAUUUCAAGAGAAACCAGCACGGACAUUGGUGAAACGCAGGGAGUUUCCGUCCUUCUGGGAGAAGGGAUGGUCAAAAUCUGCAUCAGGCACACGUUCCAACCACUAACCUGGGCAUCAACUCGUCAACCCCCUGUAGACCGUAGGCAGCCUGAGCAAACUGGUCAAACGAACGAUUUUAACCAACGGUCCCCGGACGAACCAGCAGCUGCUGCAUUGUUUCAAAAGUUUGAAAACUUUGAUAGGACGGUUGUGCCCAACGCCAGUUGCUCCAGCUCCUUCGACGGAGUGAGUCCGUCACAGAUGUCACAGAACUCAACACUACGGCCCAUCUCAGGAGUUCACCCUAAGAACGAAGCGAGCGAAAUCCGGCCAACGAAAGAGGAAACAAUGUGAGCCGAUUUUGGAGAAAACACAACUAAAUUAUUUAGAAGUGAACCCGUGCACCACAGGUUCAUUAUGCUAGGGUAGAAUCCAGGGAAAAUAUUGCACUCAAAGUGCAAAAAAUCGCUGGCAACAAUGACUACGGCACAUCCUGAAAUGCCGCGUGGUGUGUACCUUUGAAUGAAACGGACAAUAAUUUGUGAUUUUUAAUUUGUCAAUAUUAACUACUUGUUUGCUUUUGAAUUCGAUCUCACGAGCGGGGUUCAUCUUAAAGCUCCUGGCCAAUCUGACUCGUAAACGGAGAGGGUUUGGGGGUCAAUAUUGUAUUUUUUUUUUCAUCAUAUUUAACAAUACAAAAAAAUAAAGCUGAAUCCAGAAAUAAAAAAAAAUCCAAGGCGACUUCAAUGGUCGUCUCUCGUC